AUGGGAAUGGGGGGGACACUGCCCCAGCACGGUGCCACCUCUGCUGUGUCAUCUGUGCCAGGAUGGGACCAGGGUGCUCCGUGUUCCCAAGUGGAAUGGGGGGACCGUGCCUCCCGUGCUUUGUCACCUGCCGGGACGCUCUGCAUUCCCAGCGGGACCCGAGGGACGCUGCUUCCCGGGGCCGUGCCGCUGCACUCCAUCGCCGCGCCGGGCCGCGUCCCGCCGGGCCAGUGUGUCCGGGCCGUGUCCGCGGUCUGUUCGCAAUCAGCCCCGGAGCCGCGUGCGGCCGGGCCCGGUGCCAGCCCCAGGCUGCAGGAGGGGGAGCGGGAGCGGCGGCAGCCAGAGCGGGGAGCGCAGCCCGGCGAGCGGCCGCGGCAGCGGGACCGGGGCGGUGGCACCGGGGGACAGCAGCCCCGGGGGACGCGACACGGGGACAUGGCGCGGCUGCUGCCGCUGCUGCUGCUCGCGGCGCUGGGCUGCGCGGCCAGGCAGGCGCCCCGGCGGCCGGCGGCGCGGGACGAUGGAGCCGACGCCCAGAGACCCCCGGCGAGGGGCUGCGCCAACCUGACGCUGGUCCUGGACAACUGGAAAUUCGCCAUCACAUCCCAGCUGAGGAACCUGCUGCUGUCCGACCACCAGAGCGUGCUGCCCGACUACGGCCGGAUCCCGGCGCUCUCGGGGGCCCUGGACGAGCUGUACCGCGAUUUCCGCGGCCUGAAGGAGCAGCUGGGCCGGCUCUCGGAUCGCUUCGCCCACCUCGAAGCCUCCGUGGAGCGGCUGAGCCGGGCCCGGGGCGCCGCAGCCCCGCCGCGCCGGGGAGGGGUCCCGCAGAGCCCCCGCCGGGCCCCGCCGUGAGCGACCCCCGGGGCUCCACCGGGCCGGGGGGACAGGGACAGGGACAGGGCUCG